AUGAACAGGAAAAUAUUCAUUGCUGCUAACACAAUAAGUGUCAUCACCCAUGCCAUUACUCAACCAAUUGAAAUGGUUAGGAUUAGGUCUCAAAUGCUCUAAGAGGGGGAAAAAUUAAUGGGAAUAGGCACUAAAAAGGAUGGUAUCCAUUCCAAAUUUUUGAAGAGAUCUACCAAGCAGGUGGCGGACUUUUUCAACCACAAGAUUUUCCUGCUUCUCAUAUUUCUAUGGCAAACCAAUAAAGACCCAAGAAGAAUUGCUAAACCUGAUUAUAUGGUAUUUGCAGGACUUGCAGGAGGUUAUUUUGCUGAUGUUGUUACCAACCCAAUCGAUAUUGUUUUCAGCAGAAUGUAAAUCAAUAAACUAUAUCCUAUUGCUGCGAGAAGAAUCUAUGCCAAUCUCUUUGAUGAAUUUUUGAUUGGUGCAAAGAAAAAUCCUGCUACUUCUUAGUCCUCACUGGAUUAACUAACUCUGAGGUACUGCAAUAGAUGUUUCUUUGAGAAAUCUUGUCAGUGUUCCUUUAGAAAUAGGUCCAGAACUAGACUUCAUACAAUGAAAAGUAACCUUACUGUUUGA